AUGUCUGCCUGUACUGCUUCUCAUUGUGUCUGCGCUCAAAAAGCAACUUGCUCUUGUGGAGCCCAUCCUGCAAACCAUUGUGUUUGUGAAAAAUCUGCUCAAGAGAAUAUAACACCAGCAGCAUCAGAUGCGUGCCCUUGUGGUAAGCGUGAGAAGGACUCUUGUACCUGUGGUGCUGAUGCUCAUUGCCAUGGAGAAAGAGAAGGUGAAAUUGAUUUCACCAACUUGAAAUAG